GUGUCCGAGGAGGCCGUGGACAGCGGCGCCCGGGCGGCCGCCGCCUCCCGCGUGGCCGAGGCCGCCAUGGGCAGUGCGCAGGAGCUGCGCGAGGGCCAGCAGCGGGCCGAGCGGGUCCUCGAGCGGGAGAGCGCGGCGCUGCGGGAGGAGCUCCGCUCUGCCAUCGGCGGGCUGAGCCAGCAGCUCCAGGGCGCGCUGGAGGAGGUGAGGCGCGUGGACGCGCGGGCGAUGGGGGCCGCACGCGGGGUCGACGAGACCAGGGCCUCCUUGGCCGAGCUGCGCGAGGGCCACCUGAAGCAGGAUCGGCUCCUCUCGCAGGCGGCGCUGGGCCUCGAGGGGCUCCAGGCCAAGACCCUGCCCCGCCUGGCCUCGCUGGAGGCCUCCCUGGACAAGGCGACCGCCUCCGUCGAGGGCCAGGUGGCGGGCGCCGUGCAGCGCGCCAGCGACGCCCUCACGGAGGCCGUGUCGAAGGCGGAGGCGCGCAGCAGGGACCUCCUGCAGGGCUGCUCCCAG